AUGUCUACCUUUGACUUCAUCAUUGUCGGGACUGGCCCCUCCGGUUGCGCCCUCGCCGCUGGUCUCGCAAAUUCGACCACAAAGCCCAGCGUUCUCCUACUAGAAGCGGGGGACAAAAACGACGAUCGCAACCUUCGCAUUGAUGGCCAGCGAUGGCUCACUUUCCAGGACCAGUCAAUGAACUGGGGAUUUAAGACCACCCCGCAGACGGACUGCAACAAUCGUGAGAUCGACUACAGUCGUGGCCGGUGUAUGGGCGGGUCAAGCUCCAUCAAUUUUGGCGUGUACAGUGUCGGUGCGCGCGAUGAUUACCAGGAGUGGGCGAGAAUUGUCGGCGAUGAAACUUUUGGGUGGGGCAAUGUUCAGCAAAAGUUUAAAGAUCUGGAGACGUUCCAUGGGGAGAUCCCAGAGGGCACAGAUAAGAAGUAUGUGAAUCCGAAGAUGGAGAAUCAUGGAAGUAAGGGCCCGUUGCAUGUGGGCUACGCACGAGAGUGGGAGCGGGACUUAACGGACGUCUUGGAUGUCUUCGAGGAGGCUGGAUUUCCCUUGAAUCCGGACCAUAACUCGGGUGAUCCAAUUGGUAUGUCGGUGUUGAUUAGCUCGGCACAUAAGGGAUUGCGCUCGACAGCGGGGGAUCUGGUCAAGGAGAGACUGGAUAAUUUGACUAUUGUUACUGGGGCUCCUGUGCAGCGUAUCCUCCUAGAGGGGAAAAAGACUGUGGGCGUUGUGUCCAACGGGACCGAAUACCUCGCCACAAAGGAAGUCAUCCUAUCCGCCGGCUCAUUAAACAACCCCCGCAUCCUGAUGCACUCAGGCAUAGGCCCCGCCGACCAACUCCAACAAUACAAUAUCCCCGUCAUUCACGAUGUACCCGCCAUCGGCCAGGGGCUCCGCGACCAUUGCUUUGUGCCGAUGGUUAACACCCGGACAGACACUAGCACCGACCGAAAAGCCUUUUACGGUGACAAAGCCGCCAUGGAUGCCGCGCAGAAACAAUGGGAAGAAGACGGGACAGGCCCUUGGUCGAAAUUUGCCUGCGAGUUGGGCAUCGGCUGGUUCAAGCUGACCGAGCAGCUCACUUCCUCGGCAGAGUUCAAGGCGCUUCCAGCAGACGAACAGAAGUAUCUUCUACAGGAGACCGUACCGCACUACGAGAUUCUCACCCAUUUCCCCGUUCACUGGGUCAUUCCGGACUUCCCGCCCGAGGCAUUAAGCUACUCCUGUCUGCUCGUCUUCUUGUUUAACGCACAGACUCGUGGAGAAGUCACAUUGCAGUCGUCGGAUCCUGACUCCCCGCUAUCUUUCAACCCUAAGUUCCUGGCCCACCCAUUCGACCGCCGACUCGCGAUCGAGGCCUUGCGUGACUCGUUCCGCAUUGCCAAGCACGAAUCCUACACAAAAGACAACGUGGCGGAGCUGGCCAUGCCCAAGGGUGAGUCAGACGAGGAUUUGCUCGAGUACUGGCGUCAGAAUAUCUCGUCGAGCUGGCACAUGACGGGCACGGUGAAGAUGGGCAAGGAGGGCGAUGUGGACGCAGUCGUGGAUCCGAAUUUCAAGUUGAGAGGCAUUGAAAAUUUGCGUGUGGCAGAUAUGUCGGUUGUGCCGGUUCUGGUGAACGCACAUGUCCAGGCUACUGCGUAUGUUACUGGUGCAAUUUGCGCGGAGAAGGUGAUUGCCCAGUAUGGUCUUUAG